AUGUCAUCUUCAACAUCGUCGCGCCCAAAGAAGUAUCUCUGCGACUAUCCUGAUUGUGUCAAAGCGUAUUCCAAACCCUCAUUACUUGAGCAGCAUAAAAGGUCACACACAAAUGAUCGUCCCUUCAAAUGCUCCCACGCAGGAUGUGAUAAGUCGUUUUUAAGAAAGUCCCAUUUGGAUAAUCACUUACUUUCGCAUAAAGAGGAGGACCAGAAACCAUUUCACUGCUCAAUAUGUGGAAAGGGUGUGAACUCUCUCCAACAUUUAAAAAGACAUGAGAUUACCCAUACAAAGUCCUUCGAAUGUCCACAUGAUGGAUGUUCGGAAUCGUUUUACAAGCAUCAGUCAUUAAGACACCAUGUCUUGUCUGUCCAUGAGAAAUCCCUCACUUGCAAGAUUUGUGAUAAAACAUUUUCGAGGCCAUACAGACUAGCACAACACAAUAUCAAGUAUCAUGGAGACUCGCCAACCUACCAGUGUGAUCACCCGGGCUGCUAUAGCAAUUUCAAAACAUGGUCUGCACUUCAAUUCCAUAUCAAGACAGAACAUCCAAAGUUGAAGUGCUCGGUUUGUGGUAAGGGAUGUGUGGGUAAAAAGGGUCUUAAAUCACACAUGUUAAGCCACGACGAGGAGACUGUUGUUAAAUUAUGGAAUUGUAACUACUGUAACAUUGGAAAAUUCUCGAAAAAGUUUGACUUGAUAGAACACUACAAAGCGUACCAUGAUGGAAAUAUCCCGGAGGAUUUGCUUAAAUUGAAUGAGAGAAUACGAUUGGAAGAGCUUUUGAGUGAAACUGACGAUGAUGGUGGAAGGAUCAAGAGUUUGAAGGACUUGAAGAAUUUUGAGAUUUUACGUGAUUCAGAUCAAGAGGAGGCUGAGGAGUUUGAGACUCUUUCAGAAGCCCCUAACUCUACAAAAUCUAUGAAUACUUUGAACUCCAAUCUCAGGGGCGCUAAAGCGUCCAUAAUAGGUCUCAUUCUGGACAAUUAUCACCUCAAAAAAAUUAAGUGCCCCAAGAAUAAUUGUGAGAGAACUUUUUCAAGAGAAUAUGACUUGACUCGCCAUCUCAAAUGGCAUGAGCAACAUCUCAAAAAGAUUGAACUCUUCUUAGAAACCUUAGGAGAGACAGAGGGGCUGGAACCAAACUUGAAGAAGAGAAGGAUAGAAGAAGUCGGAGAUUAUGAAUAUGAUGAGGAGUUGGACUCCUUGAUUGACGAUGAAUUGAAGCUGCUAACUGCAGGCUCCAUGAAAGAAAGACUAGUAGAUGAGGUUUAG